UCCCGACAUGCUUUGCGCGUAAGUCCAAGAUGGCGGCGGCAGCAAGUAGUCGUUUCCUCCGCGUAGGUUGCAGCUGGUCCCGGCUGCCGUUGACCGGUAGGCGGGCCGAUGCAAGGAGAAGAGUUACCGGAAACAGGUUUUAUUCUGGAAGUGCCCUCCCAGAAGCAGCAGGAGCUGAUCUUCCAGGCUCUGAAGAAGUGGUCAUUCCAAAGAGAAAAACAUGGGACAAUGUAGCAGUUCUUCAAGCUCUGGCAUCCACUAUCCAGAGGGAUCCCACUGCUGCCCAUUACACAUUCCAGGAUGAUCCUUUCCUCAUCCCAGUCACAUCUUCAGAAGCUCGUAUGUUUUUAUUGGCAAAGGAUUCUGGAAAGAAGGCAGCAAAAUAUAUUAUUAAUACGUAUCCUAAAUUUUUUGAGAAGGACAUAGCUGAACCACAUAUACCGUGCCUGACGCCUGAGUACUUGGACCCUCAGCUGGAGGAAGUAAGUGAGGCUGCCCUCCGGGAGCGCAUCCGGCUUCACAAAGUCAAAGCUUCUGUGGACAUGUUUGACCAGCUCCUUCAAGCAGGGACUUGUGUAUCUUUGGAAACAACAAACAGCCUCUUAGAUCUGUUGUGUUACUAUGGUGACCAAGAGCCCCCAAGAGAAGAACAACCUCAUCAAAUUGAUGAAUCAGAAGCAUUGGAGGAAGCAGAAGAAAAGCCAGCACGAAAGGGGUCCAGACAAAAGGUAGCCGUUGCAUCACAGCCCAGGAUUACCUGGAGAGCAAACAACAACGCAGAAAGAAUUUUCAACCUAAUGCCAGAGAAAAACGCUCAUUCCUAUUGCACAAUGAUCCGAGGAAUGGCCAAGUAUCAGGCAGACGAGAAGGCCUUCCGCAUGUACACAGACUUACUGAACAGCCGGCUCCAGGCUGAUGUUCAUACUUUCAAUGCACUGAUUGAAGCUUCAUUCUCAACGAGAGAGAAAUAUGAAGAUAAAUGGAAUCUUAUAUUGGAUUUGUUGAGACAAAUGGCUGAACAAAAGGUGAAACCAAAUCUUCAAACGUUUAACGCCAUUCUUCGGGCCCUUAGGAAAAUGGGUUCUUUUGGAAGAAUUCCUGCCUUACAGACCCUGUGUGAAAUGAAAGCGCUCAAGAUAGAACCUUCACUUUCAACGUAUCACUAUAUACUUGAGAUGUUUUACAAAUCUGCCCCAACUGUCAAAAUCUCCUCUAGUUUUUUCUCUGACAUCAUCAGUGAGCUCCAGGGCAAGAAGCUAUGCGUACAGGACCUGGAUGACGGCCGUUUCUUUCCAUCUGCUAUGAAGGUGUGCUUCAUGCUGAAAGACCUUGACCUUGCCUACCAAGUCCACAACAUCUUAAGGACAGGUGACAACUGGAAACUACUUGGGGAUGCCUUUCAGAAUUCCUUCUAUUAUCACAAGUUCUUCAGUUUGUUGUGCUUAAUGGAGCAAAUGGAUGUCACCCUGGAGUGGUACAAGGAGCUGAUCCCUUCUGUCUGCUUUCCUCACUCGCACCUCUUGAUGAGUCUUCUCCAAGCCCUGGAUGUGGGGAGUCGAUUAGAAAUGAUCCCUGAGAUCUGGAGAGAUUGCAGAGAAUUUGGGCUCACCCAACGGAAUGAUGUGAGGGAGGAGAUGCUGACGCUGAUGACCAGAGAGAAGCAUCCCCCAGAGAUCCAGGAAGCGUUUGCCGACUGCGCUGCCGAUAUUAAAUCCACGUAUGAAGACGAGGGCAAGAUGUUGCCGGAGUGGCCCACUGGCCCCAUGAACUGUAUUGCUCUCCUCCUCCUGCGGGGCGGCAGGACCCAGGAGGCCUGGCAGAUAUUGGAGAAUUUCAAGAAGCAGAACAGAAUCCCCAGAACCGAGUUGAUGAAUGAAUUCAUGAGCAGUGCAAAGGAAAACCACAAUUCUGCCCAGGCUGUGCAGUUGGUGAAGUUGGCCCACUCCUUGAGCUUAGCCAUUUGCGAGCCCCUCACCCAGAGAGUGCUCACUGAAUUUGAUGUCUCCAAGGAGCAGAAAAAAGCCCUGGAAGACUUAUCUGGCACAACCAGUGACAGUGACAGCGACAGCAGCAGCAGCGACAGCGAGUGAGGGUCGACAUCACUCCCUGAACCCCUGAAGUUCCACUGGUUCCAGAGCUGAGUUGAGCAGGGGAGAGGUGCACGGGAAUAAAGGCAUUGUGCCCAUCCUCUCACCGCCUGAAAUGUCACUGCUGAAAGGAGCGGGCGGGGCGGGGGGAGCCUUUCUUUAGUGUUCGUUAGUAAGGACAGGAUGACCAUUGUUCCUCACUUGACUGGUUCCUUAGGCUCUUUACUGCUUUCACACACACGUUUUCACUUUCCACCACUCCUGUCCUUCGUUGCUAAAGCUAGCACGUCUUACAAACUGGUCAUAAAUAUGCAUCCCGUUCUUUGAAGUGGAAAGAAGACUCUGGGAGUCUGGCUGCAUCAGUCAGUCAUCAUCAGACUUAGUUAAUGUUGUAAGUUCAGUGUGCAUCCAUCCCUUGGCAGCAAGGAAAGUGUUGUGUGAAAUCAGAGAGAAAAAACACUAAAAAUUUACUGGUGUCUCCUGCUAGAGAAGACAGCUGUCACACCAGCUCAUUCCUGGCUUGAGCAUCCCUGAGAUGACUGAUGGUGCUGGCCACCAGCUCUGAUCAGGGGCCCCUCUGGAGACAUGUCCUGCCAAACAAAUGGCCAGUUCCUCCCGUCUGGGGUAACGGAGUGUAUCUGAAAAAGGACAAAUUCUGAAGUUGGACUAAAUUGCACCAGUAGCAGUUUGAGAUGUCCCCCACACACACUCAUUCACUCUCCCUUCUGUCUCAGAAGAGACCAGCCAUCCAACAAAACUGGUCAUGACCUGGCCCACAUCCUACUUCACAAAUACUUCAACCCCACACCUUUCUUCACUUUCUGCUGUGCACAUCUUGCUCUGGAGCUCCAGAAAGGAGCUGGACAGUGCUACAAUAGCAAUGAGGGCCUGCUGCACACCGAGACAGAUUUCAUUCAGGUCCACCCUUCUACUCAGCAGUCGCCUUAGCACAAUUCCAGAGCCGCCUCAGAUCCACAGGCAUUCCAGGUGAGUUUAGCAAGUGACGAGGUAUAGACGAGGGGGUGAAGAAUGCGUGGUCCCCAGAUAAUGAAAGGGCAUGUGGUGGGUGGGCUUCAAAGUGCUGGGUAUAAGUAGGCUGCAACGUUUUAACCAAAACUAAUGCAAAAAAUACAUUCAGGAAAUAAAUGUAUCAAAGGA